CGCCUCGUCAACUUCAGCCCAUUUUAAGGAAUUGCGAAGUUCUGAAAAACCCUAACCCCCAUUUCUCAAAAUUAGGGUUUUAGCAAAAUCCUUACAAUAACAAAACCUCGAUUCUCCAUCUCAAUAGAAAAGAUCAAAACCACAAAAAUACGAAAUGGGGAAGAAGAGAAAGCAUACGGAAACCCUAGUUUCAGCAGAAGAAAAAUCAAAGAAGAAUGAUAUCGCACCAGAAAGGCCCGAAAGAACAUUGUUUGGAUGGAAAAACAAACCCCAGAAUGAAGAAAAUGAGAGAGAAAAAGUUGGCAAUGGUGAUGUUUUUCGUAACAAAGAGAAGGUUCUUAUCACUUGUUCUCGUCGAAUUAACUUCAGGUAUCGACAUUUGAUGUUGAAUGUAGCGUCACUUCUACCGCAUUCAAAGAGAGAUAAUAAGGUUGAAUCUAAGGAGAGCAAAGGUGCAACUUUGAAUGAGCUCGUGGAGCUCAAGAGUUGCUCUUCCUGCUUGUUUUUUGAGUGCAGGAAACAUAAAGAUCUUUACUUGUGGAUGGCCAAGUGCCCAAAUGGUCCAUCAGUAAAAUUUUUGGUAAAUGCAGUUCACACCAUGGAAGAAUUAAAGCUUACUGGUAACCAUUUGAAAGGUUCCCGCCCUCUAUUAACAUUUUCUGCUAAUUUUGACGAGGAACCACACUGGAAGCUUUUGAAGGAGUUGAUUUUGCAGAUAUUCCAGACUCCAAAAGAUCACAGGAAAGUAAAGCCCUUUUAUGAUCAUGUCUUUGCAUUUUCAAUCCUUGAUAACCACAUUUGGUUUAGAAAUUAUCAGAUAACUGUUCCACAUAAUGAAUCAACUAAAAUGGACAGAGGCGGCUUGGACAAGAUGACCCUUACCGAGGUUGGCCCGAGGUUCUGUUUAAACCCCAUAAAAAUAUUUGGCGGAAGCUUUGGCGGUCCAACUUUGUAUGAGAAUCCCUUUUAUAUUUCACCAAAUCAGAUACGAUCUUUGCAGAAGAAGAAGAAGGCUGGCAGAUACGCCAAAAAAGUUAAAGCAAAGACUAGGAGGAAAAUGCACGAGCUGGCUAACCCAAUGGAGCGUGAUGAGCUUGCAGAUAUGUGGAAAGAGUGAUUCAUAAUCUGCUAUAAUCGAGUUUCGUAGUGGUAAUAGAUCAUCAAAGAUUAUAUUUUACACAGCAAAUGGAAAUUCUUCCUUUUAUCAUCUUUUGAACUGGAACACCGAAGCGUGCUAGCAGAGUUGGAACUAAGAAGUUUAUUAGAUUUGAACAAAAUCAUGUAGUGGAGUAAGCCUCUGCGAACAACUGUGUAUGAAUUUCAUGUUUUGUAUGAAAGAUUUUGAUAUCCACCAUUAUUUUCGAAUUUGAAGGUCGGGUAUUUGUUGUCGGAUUGAAUUUACGAUGUGAUGGGGUAAAGUAUUUUGUUUUGAAUAUAGGUUCGUUUGUUCGAA